AUGAACACGUGGCCCUCGCUUGGUGCACGCUCUGGUCCUCGGUGCUGUGCCAUGUGUUCGAGGGCGGCGGGCCUCACGUCCAGAGGCUGCCCUUGCCCGGGGGGCGCCGCGCGCGCUCGCUCCAGCAGCAGCGCGCGCAGGUUCCGAGACGGCACCGUCGUGCUCAAGAAGGCGUUCGCCUCCUUCGCCGCGCAUGCGAGGCAGCCCCCUGGUGCCCACGAGUGGAUGAAGUGGGAGAACGCCCUGCGCCGCGUCGUGAUGGACCACGGCCACGGUAUAUCCUUUGCUCGUGGCCAGGAACAGUGGAUGAGCACGACAGCGAGCUUUUCUGAGCGGCUUGCUUCUGCGAUGUAA